CCGCAGCAGCAGCAGCAGCAUGACCAGAAACCUCCGCGGCAAACAGACCGGACCACUUUGACACCGCGCCCCCUUGGAAGCGACGAGACGACGGCCACGGUUUCCAAGGCUUGACAAGGCGACCGAGGAAGACGACACAACUUCGAGGGAAAAGAAAAAAAAAAAAAAAAAAAAAAAAAAGCAAGUGGUGCUCCUGUCUGCUCUCUGCGCUUCAAACAGUGAUCAGUAGACAUGGUGGACACCCAGCAGCUCCUAGCCUGGCCUGUCGGGUUCAGCCUGAACGCCGUGGAGCUCUCAGAGCUGGACGACAGCUCCCACUCCCUCGACAUGAAGCAUUUGUCCACAUUAGACUACGCCUCCAUCUCCUCCUCCUCCAUCCAGUCCUCCCUGUCUCCCCCGCUCGUAUCCUCCAUCUCCUCUGCCGGUGUGGCCUAUGACCCCAGUCCGCCGCAGCACGAAGAACAACUGACCAAUAUGGACUACACAAACAUGCACAGCUACAGAACAGAGCCAGACAGGCACAGUUUGAUCAAGCUGGAGCCGGAGUCCCCUCCACAGUACUGUGACAAUCCCGUGUUCUCCAAGCUCCAGGACGACACGUCGCCAGCAGCGCUUAACAUCGAGUGCCGCGUGUGUGGAGACAAAGCUUCAGGCUUUCACUACGGCGUCCAUGCCUGUGAGGGCUGUAAGGGUUUCUUCAGACGCACGAUCAGGUUAAAGUUGGUGUACGAUCACUGUGAUCUUCACUGUCGCAUUCACAAGAAGUCCCGCAACAAAUGCCAAUACUGUCGCUUCCAGAAGUGCCUCAAUGUCGGCAUGUCACACAACGCCAUUCGUUUUGGCCGAAUGCCCCAGGCGGAGAAGGAGAAACUGCUGGCUGAGUUCUCAUCAGACGUGGUGCACAUGCACCCGGAGGCAGCAGAUCUGAGGGCUCUGGCCCGGCAUCUGUAUGAGGCCUAUCUGAAAUACUUCCCCCUCACCAAGGUCAAGGCCAGGGCCAUUCUCUCUGGGAAGACCGGAGACAACGUGCCUUUUGUCAUCCAUGACAUGAAGUCUCUGAUGGAAGGAGAGCAGUUUAUUAAUUGUAAGCAGGUUCCCAUCCAGGAGCAACAGCAGCAGUCAUCUGCCCUAACAGCAGGACUUGGAGGAUUCAUAGGAUCUCACCAGGGGUCAGAGUAUGGCUUUUUGGGAAUGGGAACAAGCAUCAGCGGACCGGCUCCAUCGGACGCUUUGGAGCUGCGUUUCUUCCAAAGCUGUCAAUCACGUUCAGCCGAAGGAGUGAGAGAAGUGACAGAGUUCGCCAAGAGUAUCCCAGGAUUCAUCGAUCUGGAUCUCAAUGAUCAGGUGACUUUGCUGAAGUACGGUGUGAUCGAGGUCCUCAUCAUCAUGAUGUCGCCUCUGAUGAACAAAGACGGGACCCUGAUCUCCUACGGACAGAUCUUCAUGACGCGGGAGUUCCUCAAGAGUCUCAGGAAACCUUUCAGUCAAAUGAUGGAACCAAAGUUUGAGUUCUCAGUCAAAUUCAACACGCUGGAGCUGGACGACAGCGACAUGGCUCUGUUUCUGGCCGUCAUCAUCCUCAGCGGUGACCGCCCGGGCCUGCUGAACGUGAAGCCCAUCGAGCAGCUUCAGGAGACGGUGCUCCAUUCGCUUGAGCUGCAGCUCAAGCUGAACCACCCAGACUCUCAGCAACUGUUCGCCAAGCUGCUCCAGAAAAUGACCGACCUGCGUCAGAUCGUCACCGACCACGUCCACCUCAUCCAGCUGCUGAAGAAGACGGAGGUGGACAUGUGCUUACACCCACUGCUGCAGGAGAUCAUUAAGGACUUGUAUUAGAACUCAACAGAAGAAAGGGACAAGUAGAGGAAGAGGAAUAGAAGAGAUUUUAUUAUUAAAACCAUGACUUGUGAAAUCAUAAUGAUUUCACAAUCAUUAUGAAAUCAUAAUGAUUUCACAAGCCCACUGCUCCUCCGGGAUGGGUUAAAUGCAGAGAAAUAAUUUCCCCAUUGUGGGACUAAUAAAGGCUUAAUUAUUAUUAAAGUACUUUGUGCUGCUGGUGUGUUGAAAUAAAGGGAGGUAGCCAGACAGGCUGACUGAAAUUGAGAAAGUGAUGAGGAAGAACAGGAAAAGAGAAAUCAAGGACAGAAAGACAGAAUCUGAGUUUUCGAUCUUGUCUAGACAGCAGCAUGUGAGCGACUUGCAGCACAGUCAUUUAGCCUCUGCUGAGCCCGGACACUUUGUGAAUGAGUGGGCUGCCAACUUAAAUACCAACCUACCACCAAUAUGGACCAGCGUCUGUGACUAACUGAAAGAGCCGGGACUUUUCUUUUUUGGCAAGCUGUAGCUUAAGAUGGCGAUCGCUCAACACAGCCUGCUUCAAGUGCCUUCGGGAGAAAUCACUGUGAAUAUUUUUUACACCAUGUGUUACACAGUAGCGUAUGCGUUGUCGAUGUGCAGCUUAUCUACAUGUUGCGUUACAACCGUCAUAGGCAGCAGCAGUUUGUACGUGCUUCAAUACCUCUGUGAACGCACACCAAUGCAUGAAUGAUCACCUGCGCACACACAAAACAAUGCACAUGUCAUUUUUCUGUUUUGGCAUCAGGGUGAAGGUGCUAUCUCUUUUUUAAUCAGCUCUAUACAAAGACAGAAAUCAGAUUAUUGCCUGUAACGUAUUUUAGUCUCGGCCACCUGAAGAAACUGAGAAAGUGUGAAGCCAACAUAAGGCACAUUGCCAUGACGAUUAAACCGUAUACGCCAUACUGUGCCUUUUUAAGAAUUGCCGUUUGACUCAUUUCUUUGUGGAAUAAAUGCCAUCUGAAAAAUAUAUAUUACAAAUGUAUAAUGUAUAAUAUAUAUUCAUAUGUAUUAUUUUUGUAUGGAUGAAAUUGUCUGUCAAACAAACUUUUCAGACUUGUUUUAUUUUAAAUUCUUAAAAAAUGUUUGAGUUAUAAAUUUACUAUGAAAUCAUUUUUUAACCUAUGCAAAGUGUCUAUGUCUGAUCAAUCAUAAAUGUUUUUUUGGGGGGUGGGGGGUCUACAGACAAAGGGGUUGGAUUAAAA